AUGGAAGCAGGCGGGACAGGCGAGCAGGGUAAGCCAGAGACGGGGCCAGUCUGCAGCAGCCUCCAGCCUGAGAGCUGCCCAGCCGCUGGGACUCGGACCUCCAUGGCGGCCAUGAGCACUCAGCCCUACGGGAGCUUCUCUGGUGCAGGAGUGGGGAGACCAAGGCUUUCUUCUCAAGGAGGACAGAGAGGCCACCCGCACUCCCGGCGCCGCCACCGCACCACCUUCAGUCCAACGCAGCUGGAGCAGCUGGAGUCAGCCUUCGGGAGGAACCAGUACCCUGACAUCUGGGCCCGAGAGGGCCUGGCCCGGGACACAGGCCUCAGCGAGGCCCGCAUCCAGGUCUGGUUCCAGAACCGCAGAGCUAAGAAGAGGAGGCAAGAGCGAUCACUGCUCCAGCCGCUGGCUCAUCUGUCUCCAGCCAUCCCCUCUGGUUUCUUGCCUGAGGCCCCUGCCUGCUCCUACUCCUACCCAGCACCGUCUCCACCAGGGACCUGCUUUCCUCACCCCUACAACCAAGCCCUUCCCUCUCAGCCCUCUUCAGGUGGUUCCUUUGCUCGACCCCACCGAUCUGAAGACUGGUACCCAACCUUGCACCCAAACCCUGCUGCUCACCUGCCCUGCCCCCCGCCCCCACCCAUGCUUCCCCUCAGCCUUGAGCCACCCAAAUCCUGGAACUGAGCUCAAACAGGUGCCAUGGCCUUCAGAAAACCUGGAGAAAACUAGGUGGUUUCCAUCCCUGCUAAGAGUAAAGUAGAAAUAUGGUGAGGGCCACUCAGAGAUUGGGAAUUUACAAAUGGGUGAUUUUUGAGAGAAAUUAGGGAGGUGAACCUACUGGAAGAUAUAUAUAAG